AAGCUUCUGAUAAGACUAUAUAAGAGAGCAUUGAAUUUAACGAUGGGCUAUAUGGUGGAUGAGAGGCAUUGAUUGAAGCUGAGAAAAUGGAGUUCGAGUUACCUCAGUAUGACUUUAAUGAAAAGCCUCGUUCUUUAUCAAAGUUGCCAUUGGUUACCCUAGCAGCAAGGAUCAUAACCAUAGCUUGUGCUCUGGUCUCAGUUGUUGUGCUGAAGAGUAAUAACGUUACUUUAGAUAAAGGAGCCAAACUUGAGUACGAUUAUUUCCGCUCAUACAGGUACAUGCUUGGUGUAAUGGUAGCAGGAAUUAUCUACAACACAUUGCAUAUUCCCUUCGCAGCCUAUUACCUGAUAGCAAAGAAACGUCUCCUAGGCCAUCACAGCUUUCGCCAGUUUGAAUUUUAUGGUGAUAAGAUUACAUUUGGCAUACUAGCAACAGCAGCUGGAGCAGCACUAGGUGCAACCGUGGAUUUACAAAAAGUUGUUUAUACAGAUAAUAACUCAAAGAUACAUGACUUCUUGGGACUGAUGUACAUCCCAGAUGCAUUUCUUGUAGCUGCAUUUGUGAGCUCUGGAAUUUCUUCUGUCCUAUCCUCUCUGAGUCUUCGCAAGAAUGAAUGACCAAGAUUAAACCAAGAAGAUGCUUGCUAAAAUGAUAAAAAUGGUCCUUUAUGUUUUGGAGUUAGUUUAAAAUAGUCUCUUAAAUAUAUUCUUGAAAAGUUUUGGUCCAUUAAAUUUGCCAAAAGCGAGCAAUUUUAGUCUCCAUCAAAUAUUUAAUAAACUUUAGUCGUUAGGUUAACGGUUACUAUGAAGAAAAAAAUCUAAUGAGAACACACAUUUGGAAAUGUAA